UUUAACAGCGUGACACAAAUAGCGGAAGUAAACAAUACAAGCGUUAGCUGCGUUAGCUCAACGGGCGUACGGAAAUAGCAGGGAGACGAUGGUGUAUUUAUCACGUAGAUGAAUACUUCAUUUAUAAUUUGACAACAAUGUCUUCAGUUGAGUUUUUGAGAGAGUUUGUCAACGAGCGACUAACUGCUGCUGCUGAAGAAAUAUUGGGAGUUUUUCAAAGAACCAUCGUCGAGUACGAGGAAGAGAUCGAUCGUCAGCGCAGACUGUUGGAUAUCGUUUGGAAACCCGGAAUAGAGUCACACAGGACAGAGCUCCCACAGCAACAUGUGUGUAAGGAGGAGGAGGUUGUCCCUGAGCAGCAGCUCUGUAUUGAGGAGAGGAAGUCCAGUGUGGACCAAGAGGAGCCAGAGCCUCCACAGAUUAAAGAGGAAGAGGAGGAAGUGUGCAGCAGUCAGGAGGGAGAGCAGCUUGUAGUGAAGCAGGAGACUGAUGGCUUUAUGUUGACUCCUGCUGAUGAGGAAAGUGAGCACAGUGAAGAUCAGACUCUGGACUUCAUUCAUGAUGACACUCUGAGUGCAGAUGAGAAAGAGUCUGUAGUCAACAUACCAGUUAUAAGCUAUGUGAUACCAAACAGUGAGCACCAGCUGCUCUCUCACAACUCUCAUGUAGCUGUGAGCCAAGAUCAGAAAGGAGGACAUCAUGGAGACUCGGGAUCAACUUGGAACGCAGAGCUUCAACCAAACCAAAGACAACAUGAAAGCGAAAGUCUCACUAAUAAUGUGUGUAACUCUACCAUGUCAAAUAUUCACGGUAAAACUUACACAGGUGAAAAGUCUUUUAAAUGUGACACUUGUGGGAAAGCUUUCAAGUACAAGUCCCAGUUAUACAUCCACCUGAGAAUCCACACAGGUGAUAAGCCAUAUUCUUGCAAAACAUGUGGGAAAGAUUUCCGCUAUAGUAGUCACUUGAUAGUCCACAUGACAACACACACAGGUGAGAAGCCAUAUUCUUGCAAAAUAUGCGGAAAAGAAUUCCGACACAAUAGUCGCUUGAACAUCCACAUGAGAAUCCACACAGGUGAGAAGCCGUACCUUUGCAAGACCUGCGGGAACAGAUUCUGUGAGCUGUCAGUACUGAAGAGGCACAUGAGAAUCCACACAGGUGAGAGGCCAUUUACUUGUAAAGUAUGUGGGAGAGCUUUCAGACGUAAUGGUGACUUGAAAGUUCACAUGAGAACCCACACAGGUGAGAGGCCGUACCUUUGCAAGACCUGCGGGAAAAGAUUCAGUGAGGUGUCCGCAUUGAAAAAGCACAUGAGAAUCCACACAGGUGAGAAGCCGUAUACCUGUGAAAUAUGUGGGAAAGAUUUCAGAAUCAGCAGUAACUUGACAGUCCACAUAAAAAGAACCCACAGGUGAAAAGCUGUAUCACUGCAGCAAAGGGGUAAAGUUGGAAAACAUCGAAGCGAUAUUAAGAUGAAUAGUGACUUGAUGGUUCACAUGGAAGGAGCCCCUGGUGACAAACUAUGUUCUUGCAUAACAUGUUUUCUCCUUUCAUAUGACUGUAUCACUUAUAUUUCUGUAAGCAGCUUUUAAACAAUCAUAACCUCUUGAAUCAAGGAAAGUGUUAAUUUCACAGUGAGUGCAAUGUAAUUAUUAUUAAAGUAAUCGUGUAAAAUCAA